AUGACUACUGAAACGUAUCCGGAGGUCGAGUACGAGUUGAGCUCCGACUCGGACCCGGAUGUGGUGGUCGGCGAUCUGCCCAACCCUACCGGUCGUCGGCAUCGAAUCAAUUCGAUUAUCGAUCCCUCGUUUGAGCCGAAGAUACUCCGGAAGAAUAAGUCGAUAACUCGCGCGGAAUCGACCGGUUCUUUGGCUAAUGAGAGCAAAAUACUCCGGAAGAAUAAGUCGAUAACUCGCGCGGAAUCGACCGGUUCUUUGGCUAAUGAGAGCAAAGUAUUGGUGUUAUUCUCGGGCGGAACCAUCGGAAUGAUGAAGAAUGCAAGGGGAGCCUAUGAGCCUAAAGCCGGUGCUUUAGUGCCGGCCCUCAAGAAGUAUCCACAGCUCCAUGACCCGGAAUAUGUGGUCAAACACCUGGGAAUGCCUGCCGAUAAAUCACCGCUUGUUUUGCCAGAUACGGGUGAAUCGAGUCGAGUGGUGUACACCAUCUAUGAAUACGAACCACUGCUGGACUCAUCCAAUUUCACUGUCGAUGACUGGAUCAACAUCGCGCUCGACAUUCAGCAAUCCUACCACCACUUCAACGGCUUUGUGAUACUUCACGGAACCGAUACCAUGGCCUACACAGCGUCGGCGUUGUCUUAUAUGUUGGAGAAUUUGGGCAAAACAGUGGUCAUCACCGGCAGUCAGAUCCCGCUGUUUGAGCCCAGAAGUGAUGGCAGAGAGAACUUCUUGAAUUCGCUGAUCAUUGCCGGCAAUUACUGCAUACCAGAGGUGACCAUACUUUUCAACAAUAAGCUCAUGCGAGGGAACAGGACCUCCAAAGUGAGCGCCAGUCACCUGGAUGCUUUUAAUUCACCAAAUAUGCCCCCUUUGGCCACCAUUGGCAUCAAUAUUAACGUCGACUGGAAUAAUGUCUUCCGGUGGCCAACAAUCGCCAAAUUCUGUGUCCAUUCAGUGCUGUCCAGAAAUGUGGGACUUUUGAGACUAUUCCCGAGUAUAUCAGUGGAAACGGUUCGGGCGUUUCUGAUGCCACCCAUCGAGGGGGUAGUCCUGCAGACGUACGGCGCCGGCAACGCGCCCUCUAAUCGCAAGGAUAUACUGGAGGAGUUCCGGAAGGCGUCGGACAGGGGUGUCAUUAUCGUCAAUAUAACCCAAUGCGCGAACGGACAGGUGAUGGCCAGCUAUGAGACGGGUAACGCACUGGUAGACGCCGGUGUCAUAUCCGGCUCCGACAUGACACCCGAGGCCUGUCUCACGAAACUGUCGUACGUCCUCAGCAAACAGGAAUGGGAUCUCAAACACAAACGCAAAAUAAUUGAAACCAAUUUGUGCGGAGAAAUGAGCUCUUAUUUGGACACCAAAUACGAGGACAUUGAGCUGAUCCGCGGUAUAGCGCAGAGUCUACGGGUGUCCACAUCGCAGGAGAUGUCAGCGCUGAGGAACGCCUUAUACCCGGCCAUUGUGUGCGCCAUCGCAGCCAAGGGUGACGUCAACGAACUGAUCCGACUUCGCGACAGCUCUGCCGUCGACUUCUCUUCAGCCGACUAUGAGCUUAGGACUCCACUCCACACCGCGGUGUCCAACGGCCACAAAGAAGUUGUCGAAUACCUGUUGAGUGAAGGUGCCAGCGUUCACGCGAAGGACAGGAACUUCGAGACACCCCUACAGAUAGCCAUCCAUCACGACCUCAAAGAGAUCAUUGAGAUGUUACUACAGGCGGGGGCGCACCUGGAUGUCAGUCCCGUCAGAGCCGCCAAUAUGGCCACGAAGGCGGCGGCCAAAGGGAACGUCAAACGAUUGGAGACCCUCUGCCUGAUGGGGGUUAACCUCAAUGCUGUCGACUCGUUCGGUAGGACACCUCUACAUGUGGCAAUUGAGAUGAAUCGGCCAAAUGUGGUGCGAUUUCUGGUCAAUCAGAGUGUCAAUCAACUGAAGACCGAUAUAUACGACAGGAAUGCCCUUCAGUUGGCCCAACACUUCCACAAUCAAGAGAUCAUUGAUAUUCUCAACAAUUCUGCCAAACAUAAGGAAUAAUAGUACAGAAUAUUCUGUAAAUCCUAUGCAAUGC